AUGUCUCUUUAUUUAUUUCUCCUCCUCCUCCUUUCACCUCUCCCCAUGUCGCUGAGUGCGGAGGUUUAUGCGUCGUCUUCUUCUUCUCCUCGGGGCAACAAUGUCGGGGACCAACCAGCUCUGCUCGCCUUCAAAGCACAAAUAAGAAGCGACCCUCAUGGAAUCCUGGAUGCGUGGAACGACACUGUUAGUUUCUGCGAAUGGCCUGGAAUUCUGUGCCAUUCACCAACAAGGACAAGAGUCACUACCAUCAACCUUGCCGGGAUGAGGCUCGCAGGCCCCCUUUCUCCCUCCCUCGCCAACCUCUCCUCCCUCGACACGCUCAACCUCCAGGAGAACGCCUUCUUCGGCACUCUCCCUCGAGAGCUUGGCCGUCUCCCUCUCCUGAAGACGCUCAACCUCAGCUUCAACUCUCUCACCAGCAGCCUCCCCGACGAACUCGCCAACUGCACCAAUCUACGUUUCCUCAAUCUACAGGGCAACAGGAUCUCCGGCAAUCUUCCGCUGGAAUUGGGCGCCCGCUUAAGCGGUCUCCUCGUCCUCAAUUUAGACGGAAAUCUUCUUACGGGUACUAUCCCCUCAUCCCUCGGAAACCUGACGUCGCUCACCGAACUGUGGCUCUCAAGAAACGGGUUGAGUGGAAGCAUACCGGAAAACCUGGGCGCUCUGUCCAGUCUGGUCUUCAUCCAGCUCUCUUACAAUAAUCUCGAAGGUGAGGUCCCUCCAUCUCUCUACAAUGUCUCCUCGUCUCUCCAACACUUCUCUUUGUCCAACAACCGGCUGAUCGGCAGCAUCCCUGCCGAGUUCGGGCUGAACUUCCCGAACAUCCGUACUCUUCUCCUUGGCGGGAAUAAUUUCAGCGGAAAGAUUCCCGCCUCGAUAACAAAUAAGUCGCACAUUGAGCUUUUAGAUCUCUCGCAGAACAACUUCGGAGGGGAUCUGCCGGAAGAUAUCGGCAGGUUGAGCAAUCUUCGCCAACUAAACCUCGAGAGGAAUCGGCUGACAGGUGGCGCGACAUUUUUGCUUUCUCUGAGCAAUUGCACCCGCUUGGAGUUCUUGUCGCUUUUCUCCAACAACAUGACCGGAGUCUUGCCGGAAUAUUCCCUUGCAAAUCUUUCAUCUCACUUAUCCAUUUUGCUCUUGGGAGAGAACCAGUUGUCCGGAACCAUCCUUGAGCAAAUCGACAGAUUGGUCAACCUGAAGCACCUAAACCUGCGAUUCAAUGCAUUUGGUGGAAGCAUUCCCUUUAGUAUAGGCAAGCUCGUGAACUUGAGGAAGCUGUCCUUGUUGGGGAACUCAUUUUCCGGUGAGAUUCCAGCAUCGAUUGGUAAUCUGACAAAUAUUAUAGAGAUUAAUGUCGGUAACAAUCGUUUGCGGGGAGAAAUCACUCCAAAUAUUGGUAAUCUCAGUGGGAUAAGGAGCCUGUGUCUACAGGGGAAUAUGUUAAGUGGAAGCAUACCCAAGUCAAUAUUUGCUGGCAUCUCAAACCUAACUGAACAACUGGAUCUGUCCGGCAAUUCUUUGAGCGGGGGCCUGCCACCUGAGAUAGGCCUAUUGACAAAGGUCCAGGCAAUUGAUAUCUCCGGAAACCGACUUUCCGGCAACAUUCCAAAGUCCAUCGGAAACUGCACGGGCUUGCAGUCCCUCGAUAUGGCCUCCAAUUCGUUUGAUGGUCCAAUCCCCGAGUCCCUGAGCCAGAUUAGAGGAAUUAUGGAUCUAGACCUCUCACAAAACAGGCUUUCAGGCGAAAUCCCCGACUUUCUAGCAGAGCUCCAAUUUUUGUGGUCGCUGAACCUCUCUUUUAAUGAUUUCGACGGGCGGAUACCACAGAGAGGGGUGUUCAUGGCUCUGAACUCAUCUUCUUUCAUGGGCAACCGUCAUCUAUGCGGCUGCAGGAUGAACCUUCCGCCCUGCAUGAGACGACCUCCUAAUGAAAGAAAUCGGGACAUCGUCUUCAUAGUCACAACUGCAAUUUCCAUUCUCGGCUUCAUUCUUUUGAUUCUUUUGGCAUUGUUUUUCAAGAUAUUGGUUGCUAUUCGUGUGAGAGAAUCGGCGGUGGAGCCUUCCACGCCCAAUACAUCAGUCAGUGAUACCAUAAUAGAGAUGCAGAAUUGUUGUAAACCAGUUUCUUACAAGGACCUCUAUAGGGCAACGGAUGGCUUUAGCGAAGAAAACCUGACGGGCAUCGGAAAUUUUAGUCGUGUGUACAGAGGAAUUAUUGGGGACAGCGACGCCGUCGCUGUGAAGGUUUUAGAUCCACAACAGAGAGGAGCCAUGAAAUCUUUCUUAAGAGAGUGUGAAGCCUUAAGAAACAUUAGACAUCGAAAUCUUCUGAAGAUCAUCACCCUCUGUUCCUCGGUGGACGCAAAGGGAGGUGACUUCAUGGCUGUGGUUCUGGAGUUCAUGCCGAAUGGGAGUUUGGAGGGGUGGUUGCACCCGCGGACGGGGAGCAACAGGAGCUUGAGUUUGAUGGAGAGGGUGAGAAUAGCCAUGGACGUCGCAUUCGCCAUGGAUUACCUUCACAAUGAUUAUUUGGUACCAAUUGUUCAUUGCGAUCUCAAGCCCGGCAACGUUCUUCUUGACAGGGACAUGAUAGCACAUGUAGGCGACUUUGGCCUUGCAAGAUGCCUGCCUGCAGCUCGGUCGGGCAGCACCCACUGCAUUCAGGGCUCCUUUGGUUACAUCCCUCCAGAGUAUGCGAUGGGUGGGGAGGUGACGACGGAGGGAGACGUCUAUAGCUUUGGCAUCCUUCUUCUGGAGAUGUUCACCGGUAGGCGGCCAACCGAUGACAUGUUCGUAGAUGGCUUGACUUUAACCAAGUUGGCGUCGACGGGGUUCCCGGCGCGAGUGAUGGAAAUCGUCGACCCCUCGAUGCUGGAGGAACACGACGGCCUCGCGAAGGCAACGGACAGUUGUGGGCAGGCAUCGUGCGGAAGAAGCGGCUGCAGGCUACGGCGGUGUCUGGUGGCCGUCUUCCGGUUAGGCCUUCGCUGCGCGGCGGAAUCGCCGAGGGAGCGUCCCAACAUGAGGGAAGUAGUGAAGGAGUUGGAAGGCAUCAGGUCGUUAAUGCUGCUGGGGCCCUCUGAGGCGGAAGCAACACGCUGCCGACCAUCCAUGUGGAACCCCUCUUCCGCCGCUCCCCUUCACCUGUGACCAUAGCCGCCGGUAGUUGAGCGCUAAUCUGGUCUGUGCCUCUCCUGCCUCCACCACACACCACCACCCCAACAAGAAAACACACGACAUGACCCUCCCAUUCAUUGAUACAAGACGGAUGAUUGGGGCCGAGUAGGUUCCAGUGUCUUCUCAAUUAAUUCCACUCAAAAUGUCAACCAACAAGGUGGAAACUCUCUCUUUCGCUCUCUCUCUCUCUCUCCCUCCCUCUACCUGCUGCUGAACUUUGCCAGCUUACCAACACUUCAAAAGUCAACCGGAAAAAAAAAAAAACAGAACAGUUGUGGCAGGAAGUAUGAACAGCAUAAUGGUUUUAACAACACUUGAUGUUUCUUUAAACCACGGUUUUUAAAAUUUUUGUCUUCUGGUAGCAUCCGGCAGCCAUAGUUUUCCUAUAUGUAUAAAUACGGAGGUAUGGUUGGCGAAGGUCAACUGAUGAUCUUGUUCAUGUUCGUUUCUAUCCCAC